GCAGCCAUCCUGGGAAGACAUGCUGGGACCGGAGACCCUGCAGGCUGGUGGGGCAGCAGUGCCCCAGGAUGUGAAUGACAAGCCUUCCUGCUGCCACCUCUGACUCUCCCUGAGCAAGUGGACCUAGUGAGUCAGCACCCCAGUUUCUAAUGGUGCAGCUUGACAACCAGACUAACAAACUCCUACUGACCCUUCAAGGCCCAGCCCUGUGAAGCCCACCUUGAAACCCUGAGACAAGGCUUCCUGGUGCGUGUUUGCUCUGAUGCGAAAAAUACCUGAAGAGCCCAGGCUGAGGUCCCCUCAUGGAUGAGGCAAACAGGACAUCAUUUGUCGCUGAGGAGUCCUCGAACGCCUCAACCAGAGGGAACACCUCAGUAGCAGAGCCGCGUCGGGAAAUUCCCAUCGUGCACUGGGUGAUCAUGAGCAUUUCCCCACUGGGCUUUGUUGAGAAUGGAAUUCUCCUCUGGUUCCUCUGCUUCCGGAUGAGAAGAAACCCCUUCACCGUCUACGUCACCCACUUGUCUAUUGCGGACAUCUCGUUACUCUUUUGCAUUUUUAUUCUGUCUGUCGACUACGCUUUAGAUUACGAGCUCUCUUCCGGCUAUUACUACACAAUCGUCACAUUGUCGGUGACCUUUCUCUUUGGCUACAACACGGGUCUGUAUCUGCUGACAGCCAUCAGUGUGGAGAGGUGCCUGUCCGUCCUGUACCCCAUCUGGUACCGCUGCCAUCGCCCCAAGCACCAGUCAGCAUUCGUCUGUGCCCUCCUGUGGGCACUUUCCUGCUUAGUGACCACCAUGGAAUACGUCAUGUGCAUUGACGGUGAAGGACAGACUCAAUCCCGAAGUGACUGCAGGGCGGUGAUCGUCUUCAUAGUCGUUCUGAGCUUCCUGGUCUUCACUCCACUCAUGGUGGUGUCCAGCACCAUCUUGGUAGUGAAGAUUCGGAAGAAUACGUGGGCAUCCCACUCCUCGAAGCUGUACCUUGUCAUCACGGUCUCCAUCAUCAUAUUCUUCAUCUUCGCCGUGCCCAUGAGGCUCCUCUACCUGCUCUAUUAUGAGUAUUGGUCGACGUUCAGGAACUUGCACCACAUUUCUCUUCUCUUCUCUACAAUCAAUAGCAGCGCCAACCCUUUUAUUUACUUCUUCGUGGGCAGCAGCAGGAAGAAGCGGUUCAAGGAGUCCUUAAAAGUGGUUCUGACCAGGGCUCUCAAAGAUGAGAUGCAACCCAGGCGCCCAGAAGACCACACCACCACCACUGAAACUGAGACUGUCGUCUGACAGGUGGAGGAAAUUGUGGACAAAAACAGUGGGACGCAGACGAGCUAUAGUUUGUGCUUGGGAUGCAACUGAAUAUCUCCUAAAUACGGUAUAGGACACCUUACCCCAUAUGCAUGAGAUGCUAAUUAAUGCUGAGACUGUACUCUUGCGUUGUACCUUCUGGAAAUGCCCAAAUACAUGUUGGAACUCUAUCCUUUCUGUAGCUUUCAAAAAUCUCCUUCUGUUCCUCUUCAGCUCUCCUGGUAGCACUUUCCCACAAACUAUAAAAAUUACUCCAGCAGAAACAUUUACAUGUGUGUACAGGAAAGGGUACAAGCAUUUGAUGGACCUUGAGGAGGUGAAGCCAUAUAGUGGGAAGAACAUGGGUUUUGGAGUCAGGCUGACUCUGUCCUUUGCUGCUGGUGUGACCUCAGGUUUAACCACCAGGGACCUCAUU